GAGAGAGAGAGAGAGAGAGAGAGAGCAGCUGCAAAAGCACAGGAGCGCUUAACGAAGACAGUAAUCAAACCUGACUCUCCGUUUCCAGCCCAGCUUCCUGUUAAAAUGACAGCUACAUCUGUGUUCAUUCUCCUCAGCAAAUGUGAAUGACCUGCAGAAGCCUGAAAACAAGGAGCGCCAAACCACUGGAGUGGGAGCAGAAAUCCGAGUAUUCCCGUUAGUCACCUGAGAAAGAUGCUGCCUUAAGACUUCUGACUCAGACAUAAGCAGGCCUUCUAAAUAAAUUUGAACUUUUUGAAAGUGACCGACAGCUGAUCCAGUCAGCAUCCCUGUUAAACCACCUGCCUGCCAAUUCUGUGCAAAAAUGGCUACCAGCAGCCCUGCCCCUACGCAAGAGUCUUCCACAGACGUCUCAAAUGGCAAACUGAAGUCGUCUGGUUCUGAGGAGUCAAUGAAACUAAAGAAAGAGAUUUCCUUGCUCAAUGGCGUUUGCCUCAUUGUGGGGAACAUGAUUGGCUCGGGCAUCUUUGUCUCUCCUAAAGGCGUGCUGAUGUACAGUGGCUCCUAUGGCCUGUCUUUGGUAGUGUGGACAAUUGGUGGAAUAUUCUCAGUGUUCGGGGCGCUUUGCUAUGCCGAGCUGGGAACCACUAUCACAAAGUCCGGUGCCAGUUAUGCCUACAUCCUGGAAGCCUUCGGAGGCUUCUUGGCCUUCAUCCGUCUGUGGACGUCGCUCCUCAUCAUCGAGCCCACCAGUCAGGCUGUGAUAGCUAUCACCUUUUCCAACUACAUGGUGCAGCCCGUCUUCCCUACCUGUGUCGCACCCUAUGUGGCCAACCGCCUACUGGCCGCAGCCUGCAUAUGUUUGCUUACCUUUGUGAACUGUGCCUAUGUGAAGUGGGGGACUCGUGUACAGGACUUCUUUACCUAUGCCAAAGUCAUCGCUCUCAUUGCUGUUAUCAUCACUGGCCUGGUCAAGAUAUUCCAGGGUUACACCCAGAACUUUGAGGGGAUGUUUCAUGGUUCGUCCCAUGACCCUGGUGACGUGGCUCUGGCUCUGUAUUCAGCUCUGUUCUCCUACUCUGGCUGGGACACCCUCAACUUUGUAACUGAGGAGAUCAAAAACCCUGAGAGGAACCUGCCGCUGUCCAUUGCCAUCUCCAUGCCCAUUGUCACAGUGAUCUAUAUCUUGACCAAUGUGGCCUACUAUACUAUUCUGCCUAUUCCUGCUAUCCUGGACAGUGAUGCUGUGGCUGUGACUUUUGCAGACAGAGUUUUUGGUGUGUUUAACUGGACUAUCCCGCUGGCUGUCGCCCUCUCCUGUUUUGGGGGACUAAAUGCAUCUAUCUUGGCUGCUUCAAGGCUGUUCUUCGUUGGCUCCAGAGAGGGCCACCUACCUGACUACCUGUGCAUGAUUCACGUUAGCCGCUUCACCCCCAUCCCUGCCCUGCUCUUCAAUGGUGCCAUGGCUCUGGUGUAUCUAUGUGUGGAGGACAUCUUUAAGCUGAUCAACUACUAUAGCUUCAGCUACUGGUUCUUUGUGGGUCUUUCCAUUCUGGGUCAGCUGUACCUGCGCUGGAAACAGCCAGACAGACCACGCCCACUAAAGCUCACUAUUGUCUUCCCGAUUAUCUUCUGCCUAUGCACCAUCUUUCUUGUGGUGGUCCCGCUCUAUAGUGACACCAUCAACUCCUUGAUUGGUAUUGGAAUUGCCCUCUCUGGUGUACCUGUCUACUUCCUGUGCUGCUACACCCCAGCCUCACGCAGGCCGCUGUGGCUGCGCAAGUUCAUUGCAUCAUCAGGUGUGCUGAUUCAGAAGGUUUGCUACUGUGUGCUGACAGAGAUGGAUACAGAUGAAGGGAAAACAGAGUAACAGUGAUGACAAGAAAUGUCCACACAGUAUGCAGAAUUCUUCAUGACUCAGUCAUGAUCACCAGUGGGGUAAUUUGACUGAUGUAACAAACUCUGUGGGUACUGAUUUAUACAGCUGCCUGAAUGACUAUCCUCAAUAACAUACACAUACCUUUCAGGAGUAAAAAAUUCACUGAAGUUCAUUUCCUGUUGCACAUAUUUAUGUAUUUUCUCACUUGUUUUGGAGUAUUCAGGAUAUUUUAAUAGAUUAGAAGUAAAUGACAUUUUAAUGCAGGGGCACCCAGCAGCACUUCCUGGGCAUUUGUUGCCUUGCAGCUCGACUCUAACCCCAAAUUUAACACACUGCGCACUAAUAUUAAGAUACUCAUGAAAAUGUGAUUAGAUUGGCCGUUUCAGAUUCUGGAAGGAAUUCUUCAUGGCAGAAGAUCUCCACAAGCAAGGCUAGACAACUGUGCUUUCAUGUUAAAAAGUGGAGUAUGUGAACCCUAAAAGGGGCAGAACUAAUAAACAUUAGCACUGAUAACACUAGACUUAGAUGGUAAAAUUCACAUGAUGAAAUUUGAGAGUUUAGUGUUCCUAGUUCUUUGUGAUAUUAAGCUAUUAAAUGUACAGAGGUAUCUGUGAUACUGCCAAAGAUUGUAAGAGAACAAAAAAAUAAUUUACAUUUGUUGUUCAUUGUUGUCAACUGAAGGGCUAAAAUAAUUUUAAAAAGACAGAAUUCCAUGUAUCUUAAGUAAAGUUUGAUAAAAAGAGAUUUCUAAGUAGUUUAAAGAAAGUUUAGACAGAUUAAAUUUCAUCUUACAAUAUAUGUGCAUCAGUAAUACAUUAUAUAAAUGUUAGUUAGGGUUAUAUUUUCCAAGUUUUGCAUUUGCUAUCUAUGACCAACCAAAGUAAUUACAGUAUUGAAACAUUUGGGUCAACUGUUCUAGUGGUUCUCUUAUGUGAAAUAAGGCAGUUACAGAAGAGUUGAUUAUGAGGGAAUGUGUACACUGCCAUUAUGAGAAAAAUAAUGGGGUUGGAACUGAGGAUGGGUUUAAGAUGUGUAUAACAUUUAGUUAUUUGUGUAUAACAUUUAUUAUAUUUAUGUCCUGUGGAUGGCAAAUAAAAGAAAUCCUAAUUAUG